AUGUUAGUGAUCUUCCAAAAGUUUCACUGGAACACUCAGGUCACGUGGCUCCCGGACAGCAUCCACUUUGCAUCCGCCGGCUUCGACAGGUGCAUCUGCUUGUGGAAGACUGAUGGCACGUUGCUACACAAGUGGGAACUUAGCUGCCGAAUUCAAGACCUGGCUUCCACCAAAGAUGGUUCCAAGCUGUUGGUGGUGGACUCCGAUAAAGGUGUGAAGGUCUUUGACGUGCAGUCGCGCAACGCCAUGAUCAGCCUCCCCGAGAGCGACGCUGUCACCUCUGAAAACACCUCAACAUCAGUGGACCAGCUUUGGGUCAUCCACAGCCUGGUCACUGGCCACGCUGAGAUUUGCGUCUCCCGUUUGCGCGAUGAGUUGCUGGUGAACGUGGCGCAACACGUCUCAGCGCUCCAGGAAGGUCCAGCCAUUCGUCUCUGGGACUUGUCUUCACGGCGGGUGCUGCAGCGAUACCUAGGCCAUUUCCAGGCAGCGGUGCAGCGGGAUCUGAAUGGAUUUCAAGCUCCAAAAGAAUUCCCAACCCAGUCCAACCCUUACAGUGGCCUUACAGCAAUCCGUUCGAUCCAUGGACCCAUGGCCGGCUGGGACGACUUCACGGACCUGCGCCGAGGGAAGUUGACCCAGGUGGAUGUCCUAAACUCGGCACCACCAUGGCAGAAGCUUCGGCUGAUGCCGGUGCUGUGCAUGAUCUUCAUCACGGCCAUUUACAUUUUGAAGGUGGUUCCAGCACUGGCCAACUUCGGGAGAAGCCGAUGGCAAGAGAAGGUGGAUACGGGUGUGUUGCAAGCACGCCCAGGGGGACCCUUCUCAGAGGUCAGCGAAUCCUUCGCCACGUUGCUGUCCUUGAUCUACGUUUCCAGUACCUUUUUGGCCUUGGGACGAAUGGAGCGAAAAAAGGAACCUGUUACGAACUUUAUCUUUGAAUGUGUAGCGGUGCACAACGUGACCCAGUGUUGCUACAAUCUCUAUUGUUUUGUGAUGUUGGUGCAACUGGGUCGGGAGCAACAGAUCCGCAUCUGGGGGAAUGACUUGGACGUCAGCGAGAACAGCCAUGCUUUGGGCUAUUUCAUGUGGCUGCAGUACCACUGUCGCCAGUUGCAGCUGGUCGAGACUGGUUUCAUGAUCUUGCAGAAGAAGUUCAAAGGCGCCUCGUUCCUGCACGUGUAUCUACGGGUUUUAAAUUUGUGGGGUUGGUUCAUCGCUUGUCGUUGUGUUUGUAGCGCUGAAGCCUACGUGCCUGCCCUCGUGAGCUCAGCCUGUCAGAGCGUCAUUUAUGGUCUCUAUUCCAGCCUGAGCUUACUGCCGGACUCCGACGAUGCAAAGGCUCAGGUGCGAUUCCGCGCCAGUUGGGUCUUCAGAUUGCAGAUUGCACAGUACCUGAUCUGUGCCAGCCAUUCUCUGGCCGCUGCCACCUGGGGGCAUUUCCCUUGGAAACUGGCUUGGCUACAUUUGUUCGUCAUUGCCAAUGGCUUGAUCCUUUACACGGAGUGGUUCUCCACAGUCGCUCCCACGCCCGACGAUCGGGAAGGAUCGCCACGUACCACCCCGCGCGUGGUCUUUUCCUUCGACUCCUGUGGCUGGCUUUUUGUCUACCACUUCGGUGUGGGCGCCUGGCUGUCGGAACACCUUCAGCUGGAACGCUCCGCCUCGAGCGAGAUCCCGGAGGAGGUUGCCUUCAGUGGUUCCAGUGGGGGUUCGCUCAUCGCGUGUGUCUUGGCAUGUGGCCAAAAGGUUCGUGACGUCUUUGAUUUCAUUGUGGAACAGCAACCACUUUGUCGUAGAAAUCCGACAGAGAUGUUUCCAGCUGUGGAGCGUGCACUGCGGCACUUUCAGUUUGAGGGCGCCUAUCUCCGGGCUAACGGCCGCAUGCGGGUGCUGCUGACGCGCAUCACGCGCACGCCACCCUUCGUGCAGGGAGAGGUCAUUGAUCAGUUCAGUGACAAUGAGACGACCAUCCAAGUGCUUUGUGCUUCAUGUCAUGUGCCGCUCUUUGCCGGGCUUCUUCCCAGAUGCAUUGCAGGCCGUUUCUACUACGAUGGCCUGGUGUGGCCCGAUCGAUUGCUGGUGCCCUGGCGCGGUGCGCCAGGAGACCAGGUGAUUCGCAUCUCUGCCUGCGCUCAUCCCUUGGCCGAUGUGAAGAUUGAUCGAGUGCUCUACUGGUGGGCCAUCCUACCACCGGAUCCGCGGCUCUUGCGAGGCAUCUUCUGGAAGGGUUACCGCGACUGCGGCCGCUGGUUCGCGCGGGCUCCCGACACCAGCGAGAGCUGCUGCGGGAAGGGUCGCAAGGCGAACCACGACCCCACCAGCGCCUCCAAGCGUUGGCACGGCGCGCGGAAGCUGCUGAAGAAGAGUUGUAGCGAGGAGCUGCCAAAACUGGAUCCGGUGACCGGCGAAGACGCAUCUUCAAGAAGUCCCUCUCGAUGUGAAGCAUUCAGACGCCGAGCCAAAGAAACGGAGAUCGCCUCCUGGGCGACAUUGGGAAAGUCCAUAAGAGAUGGUGGUAUGAUGGUGGUGGAGCUUUGCUUGCCAAAGAAGCGGCCACCAAGCGCUGAAGAUAUCGACCUGUCGCAGCAUGAAGGUGUUGAGGUAGAGCCUGUAGGGACCUUCAAAAGACAACGGCAAGGCGCGGACGAAGUACCAGAGCCACCAGCUUCAGAGCCGCCAGAGCCCAAUUUGAGUGUUGCAGCUGAAGUGAACGAGGAAUCGCAAGAGGGAGCCUUCAAACAGCCCAGCGAUCCUCAAGAUCCGUCUCCACAGGAACUGGCAGAACUUCCCGGUGAUUCCAGGGAUGGACAAAUGGUGGAAAUUGAUGUGGAAAAUGAUGACAAACCACCUGAAGAACCUGAAAAACUUGAAGAACCACCUGAAACUGCGAAUCGUGGGCUUAGCCCACCUGGCCCACCUGGCCCACCUGGCCCACCUGCUCCGGAGAAUCCACCAUCUGGCCUUGCACCGGAUCCAGCGGCAGUCCCCGGGAGCCUUGAAGCCUUGUGGUUGGGCAUGACGGAUUUGGACUCGGUGAUGAGGAAAUCGGCAGAUGGCCCAAAUGUUGGACAAGCCAAGUCCGAUGAGGAGAAGCACGAGGAGAAAACUGCAGAGACGGAGCAGCAGAACGAUGAGAUGCAGGAGGACCUCGGCAGCGACGUGCCCACGGAGGUCUUUUCCCCAUCGGACCAGGACGACCUCCAGCUGAGCGGCGGGGGUGAUGCUGCGCCUGCCACGGCCGAGGCUGCUGAGGCUGCUGAAGGCGCCACGAAGGUGGGCGAAAAAGAAGCCACUGGAGGUUCUGUGUGCCAAGAAGAUUUGGGAUGUGAACCGCAGCUCCAAGAUGAGCUGCUGGUGGAUACGCCUCCCUAUGUGAACCCUGCGGUCAACAUGGAGACGGAGGGAGCGACUGAGAACUCAGGUGAGAAGAUCGCCUCCGAGCAGAAGGAAUCCUUGACUGAGCUCACUGAGGAUGCAGUUGUGGACGAUGGCUACACAGCUCUUGAUGGUGAGAUCCCAUUUUCCAAGGAGCAACUUGAGCAGACUGAGAAUUCCGCUACAGCUGAGGAUCUUCCCUACACUGAGGCCCAACUUUCCCAUGCUGAGAACAAGGUGCCGCACACAGAGCCGGCCUCCUCCCACCUCGAAAAAGACCACUCGCAAGUCAAGACAUCUCCCAGAGAUGUCAUUGCUGAGGCCACGCAUGUCAAUCAGAAAGUGGACACAGAUACCGUGAAUACCGUGAUCACCUUCACCCCUUUACCGGUGGAAGCUGCGGACUCGGAGCAAGUGCCCGAGGCCAACUGGGCGCCGUGGGACGACGAGGACGAGGACGGCGAGGCGACGGCCAUGCCCGUCACGGUGCCCAGCACCGAGAACGGCGAGGACGGCGGGGACAGCGAGGCGCCCCGCACGGCGCAGGCCGAAGCGGCGCCAGCGCCGAAGACGUCGCCGCCACCGUGGCGCAAGCGGCGCGCGGACGAAGCCUGGGAUCCGGCGGAGGAUUCCAGUGGCGAAGAGGCCGAUCCCGCUGCCAUCGCUCCGGACAGUUCCGAGGAGGAAGUGGAACGCCUUUGGCGACGGAGUGAAGAGGACGAUGUCUCCUGGCAGGAAGACAAUGCUGUGGACGCAGAGGAGGAUUCCUGGAUCGCACAGGAACAAGCUGUGGAGGAAGAAGAAGAGGAGGACUUUCAGCUAGAAAGUGAGGAGGAAUGGAACCCUGAUGAAAUGGAGGCAGCUCCAACCACGUGGACAGCGAUUGAGACAGAGGAAGCGAAGGAAAUCCACAUGGAGGAACUUCCCGAGCCACUGCGGCAGAUGACACCGGAAGCCCGGGCAACUGGUCAAUCCGUGUGCCUCGGAAAUAUCAAGAACAUGCGCACUGUGAACCUCGAGGAAUGGCAUACAUUUUACAGUGAUAUGCAGGAUGAUUUGGCCCACUACUGUGAAAAGUUUGGAGAGGUCUUAUUUGUGGGCGCAGAAAGGAGAUGGAGCUACAAGAAUCCGCAGGCGAAAUGCUGGGUGCAUUUUGCUUGCGCCAAAAUCAAAGAGCUGAUUGAAGAAGCGGAGCAUCGGAUUCACGAGGCCACUCAGCUCAUCUCAUAUCUCCUCACGGUGGCUUUGACGCUGCUGCUGCUGCUGUUCGCAUGUUCGACCCAGCUGGGGCUUUUCUGGUGA